AUGGUGAUGUUAACGACCAUGGUGGCCAUAUCAUCUAGCUCAUGUUGGGACGAUUGGAGCCGCUGUACCGGAUGGUCAAGUGCGGCAGGAGGUAUACUAUGGAAAAAGUGUAACGAGAGGUGUGUAUGCAUGAACUAUAAGAGUGGUGUGUGCGUUGAGGUGAGCACCACAUGUGCAGGUUUACCGUCCAGCACCAUGGUCAGCCAGUGCCAGUGCAAAAACCAAUUGGGCCCGCCACCAAGUUCUGGUUGCGGUUGGUAA